CCCAUGUGUCAGUCGAGAAUCGAGAUCUUGAAACCUGAAACAGUUCCGAUGCAACCGAGGCUUGGGCUAGACUACCUAUGGCACGUCAAAUCGUGAUUGUGUUCCGUGCUUCUAUCGAGAGUAUUCAUUCCAAAGUUGCGAGAUAGUCAAAAGAAAUUUCUCAUCGGUUCCAAUAAACGCUUUGGCGGGGCCAACGGCGACGCCAGUGGCUUCUAUCAUCCCCACAGGACUAUGCCAGUUAGGACAGGGUACCGUCAUGCUGCUUGGUUCCCUGGUAUUCUGAUUGCUUGUUGCACUGGGGCUAGACUAUCGAUCCUUUUUUUACGAUUGGAAGGUCAUAAGUUAUGCGGUGACAGGGGCUUCCCUGCACUUGUUGGUAGUGGUGUUGGUCUUCUCGCGCUCUGUGAAGACUCCGGUGUGCCAUUAUGCCAGUGUGUUCAUCACUCGCGACUAUUCUCUAUGGGCAUUAGCCAGGGCCGUAUACCGGUUAUGCCAGUUACAGGACCCUUGUGCGGUGCGGCUUUGACUUGGUAGCAGGGCUUUCUUUGUUCUGUCUAUGUGGUGGGAGCUCUGGGGCUU